GGCGCGCCCCUGACGGCGGUUGAAAGAUGGCGACUGUCGCCGAGCUCAAGGCUGUUUUAAAGGACACCUUGGAGAAAAGAGGAGUAUUAGGGCAUUUAAAAGCAAGGAUCCGAGCUGAAGUUUUCAAUGCCCUGAAUGAUGAAAGUGAACCCCGACCGCCGUUGUCUCAUGAAAACCUUCUAAUUAAUGAAUUAAUUCGGGAGUAUUUGGAAUUCAACAAAUAUAAGUAUACAGCAUCUGUCCUCAUAUCAGAAUCUGGUCAGCCGGUAGUACCAUUGGACAGACAGUUUCUCAUUCGGGAACUAAAUGCAUUUGAAGAAUCAAAGGAUAACACAAUACCUCUUUUAUAUGGAAUUUUAGCUCAUUUCUUGCACGGAACUAAGGAGGACCUCCAAAAUCCAUUUUCGAGAGGGUCUUCACUUCAGCCUCCAAACCCAGAUCUUGGCAGACAACCUAGCGGAAGAAGGCAAAGGGAUGUGACCACCUAAGAAAGGAGAAGUGGAGUAUUAAUGAUAUUGAGGAUCCUCUUGUUUCUCAAGCAGUAAAGAGAUGACAUUUCCAUCUGGGGCGUCUUUUGUCUUAAAAUUACAUUUUUAUAACGUGGAGUCUCCAGACCGAUAUCCCUGACAACACCUGUUACAAUAGCGCCCGGUUGGCCGGAAGUCGCAAAGCGUGUCCUGGGCGUGAACUGCGCGGGCUCCGUUUACUGACCGCGUUUAGCUUGAACAUUUUCCACAGGGAAAGUGAUCACGGCUGGAGCUGGAAAAAAUGGCGUCCUCUUCAGGGUGCGGACUCUGUGCUGCCUGUGGAAAUUACCGACACUUAUCAUUGACUUUCUGUGCGGUGGUCAGCGUUCAGUCCUUACACCUUAACCAAGAAUUUUUAUCUGAGUGCCAAAAGUUUAAAGAAGUCCCCUCAAGACAUACUUGACAAGUGAGAGGAUUUUGCGAGGCCCUAUUGACGAGCUAGAAUUACUUACAUAGAGAAGUGCCAUCAGGGCUCCUUUCCAUUUUUAAAAUUAAAUCUGUAAUCUAUGGUAACAGUCACGAAUUCCAUUGUAUUGGGUGUGGGGAUGUGAACAUCUGAAUUCUUCUCAGAAGACUUGGUUUACAUGCAAAGAUGUUGGCAAUGGACGCUAAGUUUACCUCAGGAAUUACAAUCAUGCAGGACUAGAUUAAGAAAAAAUUCUGGACUUUAUCAUUUUGGAUACUGAUAUAAACUCAUCACAAUAGAAGCUGAACAGAAUUGUCGCGUGUAGUCGAUAGUGCUUUUGUAUGCAUUGUCCUGUCAUUUGUUUGUACC